CUAAAUUAACCAACGUAAGACUUACUCCCAAUAAUCCUCAACAAUAACGCUAUGGAAUAGAGAAAGUUCUUACUGUUCUAAUAAAAUGAUAUCUAGGACAUAACUUCCCAUGUGGACGAAGGUUUGCAGAUGAAAUUAAAUAGCAAGUAAUCUUUCAACUACAAUGAAACAGUAAAAUAACAAAGACUUUAAAAGUAAAAUAUCUCAAGCUACAGAUGUCCAGGCUUGCACAAAUACUGACUUAUAUGGAUGAAUCACAUAUCCAGAUUUAAUCUUUGGAUUAUUAAGGAAGCAGUAUUGAAGAUUGGAAUGAAUUAUGAAAAUAACUUUCUCGAUACUUAUAGCUAAGUUACCACAUAUCUAGCCUCAGUUUUUUCUCUCUCAUUAAUCCAGUGUCAUAUACCCACUUAACCCAGAAAAAGUGGGUCACUAUAAGAACAAAAAGAAAAAUAUAAGUUCAUUCAUAUAUAUACAUGUAACAGGCGUGGGGUGUUGGAAAUCCCAUGCAGUCGCACAUUUAUCAAAAGAAUACAAAAUAAUAUUAAAUAAAAACUAGACAGCUACCUACUCAUUAAAGUCACUUCAAUCUUUUAUGCACUUGUAGAGUGAGAGAGAUUUAUGCUCAAAAUUUUCUCACACAUGUAAGAGGAGCAAACUAAAAGGCAUUAUCCAUUCCAGACAACUAUCUCAUUUUACUACAUUUGUUUGCCAAGGAAACACGUUGGAUACUAAAUUUUAGGUACGUGGCCAUCCUAAGUUAACUCAUUUUCUUUUGAGUUAGGCAUAAUUGGUAUCAUAUACAUUAAAUAUAACACAAAUAGACCCCUAGAAAAUGAAUCACAAACAAAAAAACAAAAAAAAAUGCAUGAAUUUAGUGUGCACUAAAGCACUUUAGUUUACGCUUUUGUUCAAUUGCAGUGGUGGAAUAUCCACCACACAGUCAAAGAAAACCAUUUAAUUCACAAAAGCCAUUCUCUCUUUAAAGGUGGUAUAAAAGGAAGGGGUGGCUGAGUUUGUUUUGGUGUCCGAAACAAAGCAAGUUGGUAAGGAAGGAAGAGCACAAGGAUCAGCUGAAAUAUCUUUGCUAAGUCAGAGGACUCUAAACGAAGCUUUCAGAUCUUCUAUUCUGGGAUCGGAAUUCAACAGCCUCAGUUCAGUACUACAAUACUGCAGAAUCAGAACCAGAACCUUAGUCUGACCACACGAGGGAUCAAGCCGAAGAUGCCUGUUAAUGUUUUCUUCAAAGACGCAAGACGUGUUUUCAAGUUUGACACAAUUGGUCGAGAGAUCCUGGAAAUUGCACUGCCUGCUGCUCUAGCUGUUGCAGCUGAUCCUGUAGCUUCUCUUAUUGACACUGCUUUCGUCGGCCAUCUUGGACCAGUGGAACUUGCUGCAGUUGGAGUAUCAAUUGCUAUAUUCAAUCAAGCUUCAAGGAUUACCAUAUUUCCACUUGUAAGUAUUACAACUUCUUUUGUCGCUGAGGAAGAUGCCAUUAGCCAGGCUGCCACCAAAGCAGCAAAAGGUGACAAAGGGAAGUGCUUGGCUGAUGAUCAUUCAGUGAAAGUGAAUGUGCCAGAAGAGCAUGAGCGCGAGGACAGUGAAAAACUUGCAGCAAAACAAGACUCUGUCAACAUGAAUCACGAGCCAACAAAGAAUAUUGUCUCCAUUGAACAAGGUGCAGGAAAAGAAAACAAAGAGAGCUCUUCAACAAAAGAGGGAACAGAAGAAACAGGUCCAGAUAAUAAUGGUGCUCUUCAAGAUUUGGGAAAAGAAUCGGGUGCCAACGUAAUCAAGUCUACCGCUGCUAAGUCCAAAAAGAAAGAAAAGAAGCAAAUUGCAUCAGCAUCAACAGCUCUGAUAUUUGGCUCAAUUCUAGGUCUCAUGCAAGCCAUAUUCCUUGUUUUCGGAGCCAAAUCUUUACUGAAUCUAAUGGGUGUAAAAGAUAAUUCGCCCAUGUUAGCCCCUGCUCACAAGUACUUAACAUUAAGAUCAAUUGGUGCUCCUGCUGUUCUUCUGUCAUUGGCCAUGCAAGGGAUCUUUAGAGGGUUCAAGGAUACGAGAACUCCCCUUUACGUUAUUGUUUUGGGAUAUACUGUAAACAUCAUAUUGGAUCCUAUUCUCAUCUUUGUGUGCCGUUGGGGGGUCAAAGGUGCAGCUGCUGCUCAUGUUCUUUCUCAGUACUUUAUUGUGUUGGUUCUCUUCUGGAGACUGGUGCAAAAGGUCAAUCUCAUGCCUCCAAGUCUUAAAGAUUUGCAAUUUGGCCGAUUUCUUAAAAAUGGAGGGCUCUUGCUGGCAAGAGUUAUAGCAGUCACCUUCUGUGUGACUCUAGCAGCAGCACUGGCUGCAAGGCUGGGUCCAAUUCCUAUGGCUGCAUUCCAAACUUGCUUGCAAGUCUGGAUGACAUCUUCUUUAUUGUCUGAUGGUUUAGCAGUAGCAGGACAGGCAAUUCUAGCCAGUGCAUUUGCAGAGAAAAACUAUGAAAAGGCAACAGCAACAGCUACCAGAGUAUUGCAGAUGAGCUUUAUUCUAGGUGUUGGACUCGCUAUUUUCGUCGGAAUCGGAACAUUCUUCGGAGCAGGAAUCUUUUCAAAAGACAUUCAUGUGCAACACCUUAUACAUCUAGGAAUUCCGUUCAUCGCAGCUACACAGCCGAUAAACUCACUGGCGUUUGUCUUCGACGGAGUGAACUUUGGAGCUUCAGAUUUUGCGUACUCCGCAUACUCAUUGGUAAGUUCUUCAGGAUCAUCCUCCACCUGCUUGCGAAAACUCCUCGAUCUUUACUCAGUUUGCUCAUCAUAUGCUUCAGGUUCUGGUGUCUAUUGUGAGCGUUGUAUCUCUGUUUCUUCUCUCCAAGAGCAAUGGCUUCAUCGGGAUCUGGUCUGCUUUAACCAUCUACAUGUUUCUGCGUACGUUUGUGGGCAUUUGGAGGAUGGGCACAGGAACGGGACCGUGGCGUUACCUGAGGACCCAAAGGCUUCCCUAAGGACAUACUCCAUACAUUUUCGAGUUUCAUAUCAAACUCUUAUAUUAUAAGCUAUUAGUUUGUCA